AUGGAAUUCCGUAAGACCGGCACAUUUGCAUCUUUGCAGCCUCAAACCUUUCAGUCCAAUCCUGAAGCACGGUAUUGGCAACAAUUUAGCUCACCAAUCUUUAUCAAAGAAUUCGCACCUAUAAAUGCAAUCAAUUUUGUACCAACGACUGGCAUUCCUUCAAGCUCGAACAAUGAUCUUGCUUCCCUUGCUUCGAAGCAAAAGUUUUCCGUCACUUCUGCAACGCGGGUUCAAGUUUUCAAUAUGCGUACUGUCAAGGCAACAAAAGUCUUUAGUCGUUUUAAAGAUGUUGCAAGGAGUGGUACUUUUCGUUCUGAUGGAAAAUUGCUCGUAGCAGGUGAUGAUUCUGGACUUGUACAAGUCUUUGACGCACAGUCUAAAUCCGUCCUUAGACAAUUGAAAGGUCACGAAUUACCCGUUCAUUCUGUUAAAUUUUCUUGUGAUCCAACAAAGAUUGCAAGUGCGUCUGAUGAUCGAACGGUACGGUUGUGGGAUAUGCCUGAAGAGAAAGAGCAAAGAAUCUUUACAAACCAUCAAGAUUAUGUUCGUAGCGUAUUGGUUUCUCCCGAUAAUGCAAAUUUGCUCCUUUCAGGAUCGUACGAUAGCACAGUUCGCUUAUGGGAUGCGAGAAUGGCCGAAAAUGGCGGUUGUGCGAUAACCAUGCAUCAUGGUGCACCGGUAGAAGAUGUUUUGAUCUUUCCAACGGGUGGUGGUGGUGCUGCUCUUAGCGCCGGUGGACCAAUUUUGCGAUCAUGGGAUCUGAUGAUGGGAGGCAAAUGUAGACAUGCUGUUUCGAAUCAUAGCAAAACAAUCACUUCUUUGGCCAUCAGUAUGACAAGUGGGGCAGAAGCCAGCGCAGAAACAGGAUUAGGUGGAAUUCGAGUUUUAACGGCCGGUCUUGAUCAACUUGUGAAAGUAUACGAUCCGGAAAAGGAAUACAAAGUCGUUCAUACAAUGCGAUAUUCUGCGCCUAUUCUUUGUAUGGGUAUCAGUCCAGAUGAAUCGCAAAUAGUGACGGGUAUGGCUGAUGGUACGCUAUGUAUCCGUAAACGAAAUUUAGCAGCAGCAGAAUCCCAACAUCGUCGACUAGCAGCUCAAAAUGGUCAAACGCUGCAAUACUUUUUACCAUCUGGAAGCACUCAAAAUCCAGCAUCAGAUGGAUUAAUUCCAUCAAAGAAGGAAGCCAAGCAAUCAAAGGUUCAAAAAGAACGUCAAAAGUUGCGUACACACGAUAAAUUAUUGAAAGCUUUUCGCUAUCGAGAUGCUUUGGAUGAAGUUUUACGAAAAGGCGUUCGUACAGAUGUAACUUUUGCCGUUUUGGAUGAAUUACGUAACAGGAGCACAAUAGAUGCAAACGGAAAUAUCAUCUUGGAUGGCCUCAGACGAGCAAUAUCGGGAAGGGAUGAUGUCACACUCGAACCUCUUUUGCGAUUCUUUUUGCGUCAUUCUGCAAAUGCACGUUGGACACCAAUUGUGUGUGAUUGUAUGGACGUUAUCAUGGAUGUCUAUGCUCCCGUUCUAGGUCAAUCUCCCGUUAUCGAUGAGUUAUUCGGUAAAAUUUGGUCAAAGAUCUCAGAGGAGAUUGACGUUCAAAAACAAUUAACCCAAGUUCGAGGAGCAUUAGAGAUGAUUCUCAUGCGAUCCGCAAUGACUUAGGCAAUUUCAUCCUGUAUACAAUUUGUACUUUUAUUUUGACACAAUAGACAUUGAUUACAAUACAAUCGAGAAUACAAUCGUCUACU